UUCUCGCCAACCCAUUCUUUAAAAAAUAGAAAAUCUAAAGGAUUAUGGCAUCUAAAUUUUAUUUUCUUCUAAUAAUUGUCGUAAUUGGAUUUGUUCGAGGCCAUGCUUCAGCAAAUAUGACUGUUAAUUCUUCAGAAAUAACAGAAGAUUACCUCACCACUACCAGCAAAAAGCCAACUUCAAUCUCUUCAAAUAAAAAUAUUACCGAAACGAUUACGGACAAAAGUGCCGAAACAAAUAAUAUGGAACAUAAAAAUACCGAACAGACUACCAAAGAAACAUUUCCUCCAAAACUUCCGCCACCAAUUUUUGAAAAGAAAAAUCCAAAAAAAUCUGGCAUAAAAGAAGAAAAAGCAGAACCGAUUUCACAAGGCUUACCAGAUAACAAAAUGUCUCAAGAAUCUUUUAGAAGUCCUAAAGAGAGAAUUUUUGACAAUAUGCUUACUAUUGAAGAAGAAUAUAAAAAUGGAAAGAAAUCUGGAGGGAAUAAAUUUUUAGCUCAACAAGUUAAAAACAACAUUCAAGGUGGAAUGGAUCGUAUUGAGGAAAAGAUUGACGAUGAAUUUAUUGGCGAAGAGACUUAUGCUUUGCAUUAUUUCGCUAUUUUUGCCUUUUCGUUGGGUAUUACUUAUUUGGCUUAUUAUAAUCGAAGGAGGAUUAUCGGUUAUCUAAUCGAAGGGAAGAAUAAUGCUCGUGGUGGAGGGAGAUAUCGUCGAUUGAGCCAAUCUGUAAAUGCUGCUAAUGUCUAA